UAUAGAUAGAUCUUCGAUUAUAUGAAGUCAGCUCGGCCAAGGUCAAUAUUCUAAGGGGAGACAUAUAAUAAAGCAUAUCUAUUCAGACGUUUGUCUGCUCUGCUCCAUUCUAUUGCAUUCCGUUCCCCAAAUUUCAUAUCGUCUCUACUAAGAUCUUCAAAGGUGUUGGCUGGAAAGUUCUGAUGGCUGGUCAACGUAAUAGUAAUGGAAAGAGGUCUUACCCACAGUCUGACUAUGGUGACUAUGGAGGAGAUAAAAGAAGAAACCCUGGCGGUGAUAAAGAUCAGUUUGCUAUUGGUUCUGAUGAUACAGUGUAUAGAUAUCUUUGCCCUGGAAUGAAGAUUGGAAGUAUUAUUGGAAGGGGUGGAGAGAUUGUUAAACAGCUAAGGUUUGAGACUAAAUCAAAGAUCAAGGUUGGUGAGACAUUUCCUGGUUGUGAUGUUCGUGUUGUGACCAUCUAUAGCACCAGCGAAGAAACCAAUGAAUUUGACGAGUUUGAGAACCAAAGUGUUUGUCCAGCACAGGAUGCUCUCCUUAAGGUGCAUGACAGGGUUGUUGCUGAUGAUUUGUCUGUUGACGAAGACAUUGAAGAGGCUCCUCAUGUUACAGCUCGCCUUCUUGUAUCAUCUGACCAAAUAGGAUGUAUUAUAGGCAAAGGUGGCCAGAUAGUCCAGAAUAUACGAAGUGAUACUGGUGCUCAAAUUCGUAUCAUGAAGGAUAGCCAUUUGCCCACCUGUGCUUUGAUCUCUGAUGAACUUGUUCAGAUAUCUGGUGAACCAAAAGUGGUUAGGAAGGCUCUGUAUCAAAUUGCGUUGCGUCUUCAUGAUAAUCCAUCAAAGUCCCAGCAGAUGCUUGCUUAUGCUGUUCCAAAUGUGUAUUCAAACAGUGGUUCUUUUGUUGGUUCAUCAGCUGGUGGUCCAAUGAUGGGCUUAGCUCCAGUUAUGGCCCCUUAUGGAGGGUAUAAAGGAGACAGUAGAGAUUGGUCUCAUUCAUUUUACCCAGCUCCCAGAAAUGAGUCAUCUUCAAGGGAGUUUUCUCUUCGUUUGAUUUGUCCAAAUGCCAAUAUUGGUGGUGUCAUUGGUAAGGGUGGUGUAAUAAUCAACCAAAUUAGACAAGAAUCUGGUGCUGCCAUCAAAGUCGACAGCUCAGGUGCUGAAGGAGAAGAUUGCAUCAUUUCUAUCUCAGCUAAAGAGUACUUUGAAGACACAUUUUCACCAGUUGUUGAAGCUGCACUGCGCUUGCAACCACGAUGCAGUGAGAAAGUUGAAAGAGAUUCCGGCAUUGUCACAUUCACAACUCGUUUACUCGUGCCCACCUCUCGGAUUGGACGUCUUAUCGGGAAGAUGGGAUCCAUAAUCUCUGAGCUGAGAAGAAAUACUAACGCUACUAUUAGCGUACUUCCCAAGGAGGAUCUUCCCAAAGUUGCUCAUCAUGAUGAUAACAUGGUUCUGAUUUCUGGGGAACUUGAUAUUGCAAAAGAUGCUCUUAUACAAGUGACUUCACGAUUGAGGGCAAACCUUUUUGAUGGGGAGGGUGCACUAUCUACACUUGUGCCAGUUCUUCCCUACCUCCCCAUGUCCAGUGAUGGUAAGGACACUUCAAAAUAUGAAAGCAGUGGGAAUAAAAGAUCUGGACGUUCUUAUUCUGGGGGAAGUGAUGGGCCAAGUGAUUUACCUGCUAAUGGGUACGACAGUUAUGGUUUCCAGAAGGGUAGCAGCAGGGGUCAUGAAGCCUAUGGAAACUAUUCCUCAGGACGUGCUGGUUCCUCCGGGCUCUCAGCUCAAAGCCCUGUUUCCCGAAGGAAAAGUUAUGGAUACUAAAGCUAUAAUGCAGGUGCUGGCAGGUCUAAUGGAUACAAAGUUAUCGUAAGUGCUGAGAACAGGUAACACAUUUCAGUUGCUUGUAGGUUGAGUGGUCAGCUAAUUCUGCAUAAACUCUCUUUUAUAAGUUAUAAUAAUUAUGUAUAAUUUAUAGCAUUGUGACUUCUUCCUGAAAAAGGGAAGGGGGAGGGUGCAAGUUAUUACCAUAAAAGGUUAUUCUGUUCCACCCAUUUUCUUAUGUUCCUUUUCUCUCAUGAAAAUACACAAUCAAUAUUUUCUUCAAUUAGGAACAUGGCUAUAGGAGUGAGAAACUAAAUAAAAUUGCUGGAAACAUAACAGUAUGGUUUAGGAUGGGCGAAUGUGAACUUUAAGAUUGGCGAUGAAUUGGACGAGUGAGCCUAUUGAACCGAUGACAUGUUUGGGGGAGGGGUCUUUUAGAGUAGUCAUGUUUUGGUAUUAUGGGAAAGUAACAGGCUUGUUUGGUGUGACUUUUGUGUAUAAUCUAAUAAUCCUAGCUUGACUAGUGAGAAAAAAUACAGUCCUUUUGUCUUUAAAAGCUAAGCACACUCUAGUAGGGGGAAGAGGUCAAGAAGAGAAAGGUGGGAGAGCUGGCAAAGGUAAGUUGUAUAUCUUCCUAAAAAUGUUUUUCAUCUUUUCAAUUAUGUUGUUCUUCUACUAUUCAAACCUAAUUUCUGUAACAAUCUUCAUUUAUGUCUAGAAUUUCCAAAUUUCUUCUCAAAUUUCAAUGUGGUUCAUUAGAAAUUAUCUGACAAAACCCUACUUCAAAUGAUUAUUAAUUAGCCAAUGAGCACUGGCUUCCAUUGUAUUGGUCAUUUGCAUUUGUUGGCCAAAUGCUUCAUUUGUGGUCUUGUGGUUGUGGUUGUAGUUGUAGUGUAGCAUGAUCAUAUAAAUCCAAUAGAGCUUGAACAAAUCUAACUGCCUCUUCUUUUUACAGGAUUUAACAUUAACAAAACUGUGAUGGAAAUAAAAACACUUGGGCCUUGUUUGAUCCGAGGUCCAAAUGGUUAUCACGGUUUGAUUAUCCUAUUCAAAAUAACCGAAAGUUUUAAGGUAUUAUGACAUUAUAUUAUACUUAAUAGAGUUACAAAAAUGGAAAGUAUUAUACUAUUUGUUAGAUAAUUUGAAUUAUGUGAUUGAAGAAGUUAAGGUUAAUG